GGACGUUUGAAAUCAAACAGGCAAUGUUCAGGGCAAGUGUUAGCCAUAUUUGAGGUGGAAGUCGCCCGAGUUUAUGGUUUGCGUCGAUUCUGCAUUUACCUUUUCGCAAAGUCGAACCGGCUUUUGAACGGAGUUAUACUGAGAUAGCGUUGUCAGAAAAUCCAUCUCGCAGUAACGUUAAAGUGGAUUUUUAUGUAGUUGGCCACAAACGUCAGCUCUCGUCAACUGGCCGACGUAGCUACUAGCUAGCUAGCGAGGGUAACGUUAAGGUUACCUACUUGAGAGCUUGAAUUCUGGAUAAGUUGUCGGUCGGUGGUUGCUCUCGGUCAUUGUGCAAUAACACAUUUAGAAUAUGGACUCUGCUGCCAGGUUUAAGAUGACAAAGGACAUGAAGCUUCAAAGGCCUGAAGUGAAGUCGAACGGUGACGGGCCAAAGCGGAUUCCUGUGUCACAACAGUCACAGAUGGCUGUAGUUACACCAACUCAGCAUCAGCGUGUCCUAGGUGUGUCAAAUGGACCUCAGCGCAUUCAGCGGCCUGUAAGCCACCAGAAACCGGUAUCUCAUGUCUCUGUUGCUGUCAAGUCCAUACGCCCCGCUGAUCAGAAUGCGAACCCUGCUACUCAGAAAGCAAAUCCUGCACCUCAGCCCAAAUGUGGUUCCCAGCAAAACCAGCCAAAGACAAAUGUACCCAAGGUGAACCCGGAGCCGGCCAAACCACCAUCAGAAUCAGCAAAGCUGGAGAAGCCACAGAACAAACCUGCCAAGAGUGAUUCUGCAAACACCUCUUCGUCAAACAAGCGGUGGAGCCUGGAAAAUUUUGACAUUGGCCGUCCUUUAGGAAAGGGUAAAUUUGGCAAUGUCUACCUGGCCAGAGAGCGACAAAGUAAGUUCAUCUUGGCUCUGAAGGUGCUCUUCAAGAAGCAGCUGGAGAAGGCCGGGGUGGAGCACCAGCUGAGGAGAGAAGUGGAGAUCCAGUCUCACCUCAGGCACCCCAAUAUCCUGCGCCUCUACGGUUACUUCCAUGACUCAUCUCGUGUGUAUCUCAUCCUUGAGUUUGCACCCAGAGGUGAACUGUACAGUGAGCUGCAGCGCUGUGGAUCUUUUCCUGAGGACAGAAGUGCCACAUACAUCAUGGAGCUGGCAGAUGCCCUCAACUAUUGCCACUCCAAGAAGGUGAUCCACAGGGACAUCAAACCAGAGAACCUGUUACUGGGGGCCAACGGGGAGCUGAAGAUUGCAGAUUUUGGCUGGUCUGUUCACACACCCUCCUCCAGGAGAUCCACGCUGUGUGGAACGCUGGACUACUUGCCUCCAGAGAUGAUUGAGGGAAAAACUCAUGAUGAAAAGGUGGACCUGUGGAGUCUGGGCGUCCUUUGCUACGAGUUCCUAGUUGGAAAACCGCCCUUUGAAACAAAAACUCACGAAGAGACCUACCGCAGGAUAUCAAGGGUGGAGUACACUUACCCUGCACAGGCCAAUAUCAGUGCUGGAGCCAAAGACUUGGUUGCCAGCCUGCUGAAGCACAACCCCAUGCACAGACUACCCAUUCAGGGAGUCAUGUCUCACCCCUGGGUGGUUGAGUCCUCCAGCAAGAAGCCCACAACCCUGAACAAUGAAGAACCCAGCCAAUGAACCUUUUUGUUCCCCUCCACCCACCAUGCGAGGGCUGUACAUGUGUGGGUGGAGCAGUGCCGAACACCGGCUGUACAGAGGUGUGAACCAUGAACACCAGUGUGCAGCUGAUUUAUCAGAAUCUGCUUGUACUGCUAUAGUGACUACAAAAUCACUUCAUGUGGAUGGUUUUUGUCUGAAGGCAUCUCGAGCCACUUUUUCUUUUAUCCUACACUUUCAAGAUUCCUUGUCUUACCAAUGGCAUUCUAUUGCCUGUAAAUAUUUCACCGUUUUUGUGUAAUUAUGAAAAUUUUAUUGCGCUUUUCUAAACUUCCAUUACUUGAAAUAAUAAAUAAAUUAUCUUUCAUGGAGUAAGUAA